AAAUAAUACUAAUAACAGUUUAGUAUCCAGCUUAAUAUUUUAUGCAAUAUUUGUUUUAGGCAAUUUAACAACACUGAAAAAAUAAAGCAUUGAUUAGCGUGUGUGCACCAGUGUAUUGUUUGUAAAUAAAUCUUUUUUACUUUAGAUAUGGUCUCUACGAGAGGACUAAAAUUGAGAUUUGUUGAAGGUGAAAGAGUUUUAUGUUAUGAACCAGACCCUACAAAAGCAAAAGUUCUGUACGAUUCUAAAGUAUUGGAUAUUGUUAUCAAUAAGGACCAUCGUGGAAGGAAACACAUAGAGUACCUAAUUCAUUUCCAGGGCUGGAAUUCUUCUUGGGACAGAUGUGUUGGUGAAGAAUAUGUCUUAAAAGAUACUGCAGAAAACAGGCAACUACAAAAAGACUUAGCUGAGAAAGCACAAUUACAAUUGGGAGCUUAUUUGUAUAGAAAGGAGAGGAAAAAAAGCAGAAAACCGGGAGAUAGAGUUUCUGCAUCGGAAGAUGGUAGUUCUAGUAGCCCAGGUAGAAUGGAUACUGAUGAUGGACAAGAUAUAACGACCAGUUCAGAAGAUGAUUCUUCAACUGAGGAUGAAACAAUCUACAUUGAGCUGACAGAUGAUUUGCGGAAAAUAAUCGAAAACGAUCAUAGUUUGAUAAAGGAAAAACAAAAACUUAUGAAAUUACCGGCUGAACCAAAUGUAGCCACAAUAUUAGAAUCUUACUAUCGCCAUUAUGCAACGAAUCAAAUUUGCGGACUUACAGAAAAAUCAACUAUUAGAUAUAGGGGUCCAUCAGUAAACCAGAAUCAGACAAAAGCCAAACCCGAUGAUAUUCAAAAAAAUUUAACCAUUUGUAGAGAAGUUUUAGAUGGUUUAAGAGUUUAUUUUGAUUAUACUCUCAAUGACUUGCUGUUAUAUAAAGAGGAAGUCGGCCAAAUUGUCACAAAAUAUGCAAUAUACGAGACAUAUUGUGAGGAAACAAAAAAUGAAUUAAAACAAGAAAGUGACCUCAACAACACACAUGACAUGAACAAUGGUAACUAUUUAAACCAAAAUGGCGACGGCAGUGGGAAAAUUAAUGCUAGAAGACGUACUUUGAGGUCGAACAGAAGCGAUUCACAGGCAAAUGGAAAUGCCUCUCCACGCGAAAAUAAUUGUAAUAAUAAUGUUCCUAAACCAGCUUCAAGUGUAAGCAGUAGCAAUUCUGAUAUAACUGGACCGUUGUCAAAAACGUUAUCAUGGAAAAUAUUACCAGAUCAUGUCUACCACCAACAACCGCCACCUCCAUGUUUAGUGUAUGGGGCCACACAUCUGAUAAGACUGUUUGUAAAGUUGCCAGAGUUACUUAUGACGACAACUAUACCAGAAGAAAAGUUAAAGGUUCUGCUCAAAUAUUUCGAUCUACUGAUUGAGUAUCUGAAUGAUCAUAAGGAAUGGUACGGUGAACAACACUACAUCGAUGCUUUUUAAAGUAGAAUUUUUUUUAUUAACCUAUAGUUAUUUGUAUACUAAGGCCGCAAAGUUGAUAUUUUUUGACCCAAUCAGCAGUUUGCGCCUGAGGCCAAGCAAUUUCUGGUUAUGUCAAAAAAGAUCGUGCGACCGAGGUGUACACAGCAUUUUUAGGCGAUUGACUCAUCAAGUAAAAUCAAUAUUUUUUUACAUUCUUCUCUCUGAAAAAUGCAAGUAUAGUUUCAAAUUUGUAUUGAUCGAAAAAAAAACCGCUAUUGUUAAGUAAUGAUAUUUGUACAGAAUUACUAACGAUAAGUACAAUAAACUUGUGUUUAUAAAAAGCGGACGUAAAGUAAAUACGGCCAAAAAAGCUAUACUGCAGAAAUGUUAAUGUGAUAUUUAAUUUUUUGUGACAGUCGCCUAAAAAAUAUUUUAUUGUGAUACUAUUCCUCAAUUAUUUAUUAUUUAGUUAAGAUACAGGUCAACAAUUAGUUAUUUAACAUUAACAAUAUUUAACCUAUUGAAUUAUUCGAAUUGUAUUUCCUAUAAAAUCAUAAUUACCAUUAUUGAUAUAAAAUACGCAUCUAAAGUCCCAU